AUGUCCGCUGCAAAUCAUCUCCUGAACGUGUUCCGUGACAGACAGGUCAUCGCUAUGGAAGGGCACGAAAGUCUUGUGACGUCCGUCGCGUUCUCACCAGGUGGCUCGCAAGUCGCGUCGGGCUCCUGGGAUAAUACGGUCCGAAUUUGGAACGCGGACACCGGAAAGGAAAUCCGCGAGCCUUUACGGGGGCACACUGACUGGGUCCGAUCGGUGUCGUUUUCCCCCGAUGGAAAGCGCCUUGCCUCGGCCUCACAUGACAGGACCGUGCGACUGUGGGACAUGGAGACAGGGCAGCGGAUCGGGCAGCCGCUCGAAGGGCAUACAGACGUGGUCCAGAAUGUCGCAUUCUCACCCGACGGCAACCGCAUCGUCUCGGGCUCACGCGACGAGACGCUCCGACUCUGGGACGGGCAGACGGGACAGGCCAUCGGCGAGCCUUUACGGGGUCACUCUGCCUAUGUUAACAGCGUCGCAUUUUCACCGGAUGGGAAGCACAUCGCCUCUGGAUCCAGCGACCACACGAUUCGACUCUGGGACGCCGAGACAGGCAAGCCAGUCGGGGACCCGCUGCGAGGCCACGACCACUACGUUUUGUCAGUUGCAUAUUCCCCCGAUGGCGCGCGCAUCGUCUCGGGCUCCGACGACAAGACGGUCCGGAUCUGGGACACUCAAGCAAGACAGACGGUGUUGGGGCCAUUGGAAGGGCACGAAAGCAUGGUCUACUCCGUUGUAUUCUCGCCGGAUGGCCAGUACAUCGUCUCCGGCUCCGACGACGGCACGAUCCGGAUAUGGGACGCGCAGACGGGACACACCGUGGCGGGGCCUUGGCAAGCUCACGGUGGCCUGUAUGGGGUCUACUCCGUCGCGUUCUCGCCCGACGGAAAGCGCAUCGUCUCGGGCGGCGAUGACCGCAUGGUAAAAAUAUGGGAAGCAGAGAUCUAUUAG